CCAAACGAAUUUGCGGCGGUCAUUUUUGCACCCAGACAUCCGUUUUCAACGCUUUCCUGUAUCCAACCGGAAGCAAUAGCGAACUAACAACGCAAACAUUUCUGUCCGUUAAUAACAAAGAUUGCGAGAAAUUAACUGCCGAUUGCAUCGCAUCGUCCGCCAUCGGGGCUGUGGCCAAAAUUGGCGCUGCUGCUGGACUGGCCGCUGCGGCUUUAUCGUCUGGAAUGGGAGCAGCCGCUAAACUUUUCAUAACCGCAAGUAAUAAAAGUAAUGGAACAGCGAAUAAGGAAGAUGAGCGUUUGCAUUUUAAUUAUACCAGUCGCACAGUAAAGAAAUUAAAGUAUUUUGAUUCCCUGCUGAAAUCAAAAUCUUUGUUUGAUGAAAUCGAACCAUUUUUAGAAAGUUCAAUCGUCGAAGAAAAGAAUUUGAAAAGGUUUCACAAAAAUAAUCUCUUCAGUUUAUUUGGUGGUCGGCAAGAGGUAACAAGUGUGACAGGUUGUACUUGUGAUGACCCAAGUCCAUCAGCGGGGACGAUAGGACGAGCUUGUAGCACAACUUGUAGAAACAGCGAAACUUUGUGUUCCGGCUCGCGAACCUGCUACCGGACAACCACGUUCAUGGCUGUUUAUUCCCUGAUUACCGGCAGAUAUUACCAAGCGGGAGAUACGGGGCCGUUAGAAGCAACUUUUUCAAAAAAAUAUUUCCAGAUUGACGAAACCGACUGCGAAAUACUCGAAAGUCAAUGCAGCGCGGCCUCCUCCUUAUCUAAAGCGAUCAAGUCGUCUGGCAUAUUUGUUGUCAAUGUCGCUCUGACGUUGGGUUUAGCAGCUGGAGCGGUUGGCAUAGCUCUAAUGAAAGCAAUACAUCACGGCCAAAGUGACGUAAUAACGUACGAAGAGUAUAAAACUCCCCAAUACCUCUUUGAUUCUUUAAGACGGGCAGAAAUGCAAUUUUUGAGAAUCAAAGACGUUAAAUUUAAACUUAAUCGAAAGGAAACAGAUCAUCUGCCAAGUGUUGAGAGCUCGAUAACCGAAGAGAGUAAAUUGAAGAUACCUUAUAGCCUUUUCAAGUUUUCCGCCGGGCGAAAGGGUAGGGCUGGAUCGUGUUCUUGUGACAUCAUCCCUGGAGGUCCAAUCGAAUGUUCAACUACCUGCUUUUCGUCUGAACAGCCGUGCGGUGGAAGUUACUGCACUCGAACUUCAGCUUUUGGGGCUUGUUUAUACCUUGGGGCUUAUCCACCCGUCGUCGUAGCAACGCAUUCAUUUUUAGAAGUCGAUAACAAAGAUUGCGACAAACUGGAAAUUGAUUGUAGCGUCACAUCGUCAGUUAUUGCCGAGGCCGCAAGAGUUGCAGCAGUCGCCGCUGGAGUGGGCGGAGUUCUAUCGACCAGAAUUGCCGUGGUAGCCGUGGUCGUCGCCAAUAACGACCAACAAAACAACAAUGACAAUCAAAAUCAACAAUCGAACAUAAUUUCCAAUCAGACACCCGCAAAUAAUUUACCGAUUCCAGUUGUCGGAUUAAGUUUUCCAGAUGACGGGAAGUGGUGACAGUUCCAUUCGAUUUCCUGACGGAAGUAGCCAUCCUAUUUUCAGCAGAGGACCUUGUAAUCAAACUCAGUGGGUUACAGUCGACCCCAUUUCAUUACAGGGUGGAUGCACUCUGCGUCUCUGUGAGGAAGAAAGAGUUUUCGUUGGCCGGACUGGUCUCUGUCAUGACGUCAACGAUCCAUUUGAAUGUCAAGGAGGUCGCCGCCUUUAUUACACGGCCUAUGGAGAUCCGAUUUGCGAUUGUCCAAUCGGACAAUAUCCGUUUCCUGACAGCACCAAAGACGAUUGCGUUUCAUUAUUCUCUCGAGGUCCCUGCCCAAAUCACCAAGUUUUUGUUAUAACUGAGAAUGGUCGACUGAGUUGCGAACCCCUCGAAUGUCUGUCGAUUAAUGGAGGAGAUGACGGACGAUUCCAGCAAUUAGUUCCGGAUGAAAAAGGAACUUGUUUCGCUUUGGGUUCUCGCGGACCUUGUCUAUCCACUCAACUGUUAGGUUACGACAUAUUCAAACGGCAAUUGCAGUGCGUAGUCGAUCCCUUCUCUCCCGAAUCUUCAGCAUCUCAACAAAACGAACUGGUCGAAGCUGCAGAAUUCAGGCAAUUGUUUUCACAGGAUUACAUCAGUGAGAGAAUUGAGUGGAUUGAAUAUUUAAUCACCCUCAGUUUAAUGCAAAGAAACAAGUUAAUGGAACCAGUCGAGAGGCAAGACAAUGCUGGAAUUCUUCAAUUGCCCAGUUCUUUACCUGAUUCACUCCUUCAACCGUGUUGAUCUGGAACUCGACCAGGCAAUAAUUUCAAAUGCGCCAAUCCGUUAGUGUCUGAUUCCGGUUCUGGUGGGUCUCUUCCUCCGGUGCCUCCAUUAGUCACUUGCCCAGCUGGCACUUUCUUGACGGCCUCGGGUUCGUGUGUUGAUGACAGUCGGGCGGCCAGUUGCGGACCUUCGACUCGAUUUAACGAAGCAACUGGGCAAUGUCGAUCUUUAUUUUAAUUAUUUUCCCACUGAAUUCAUACUCAUGGUGGUGACGGAUGUUAAUUUAAUUUUUUUAUUUUUCUGACGAGUUGUUUUUAAAAUGGAUGUAUGAAUGUGGUGGUGGCGGUGUGAUGGUGUCAAAGAUCCUUUUUGAAACAAUCAGAAGGUUUUUAAAUAAAUUACUGA